CGAAUAUUGUUGUAUAAUGGCACUUGUUGAAGUUUGUGGCGUUACUCCUAAUUUCUUAGAUAAGUCAAUAUAUGAAGAAAAAUGUGUUGCAGAACAGUUAUUAGAGUUGGACAAAAAAUUUUUUUCAUAUCACACAAAAAUUUCAUUACCUCCCUUUUCAGAUCCUGUGGAGAAAUUGAAAACAAUUGCAGUAGAUGAACAUGGCAGAGGAAUUAAAAUUCAUUAUGAUAAAGGAACUACAACCUUGGCUUUCAAAUAUCAAGGAGGUGUAGUGGUAGCUGUAGAUUCAAGAGCUACAGGAGGACAGUAUGUUGGUUCUCAGACAGUAAAAAAGAUUAUUGAGAUAAAUGACAACUUGUUGGGAACAAUGGCUGGAGGUGCAGCAGAUUGUGUAUAUUGGGAAAGAGUGUUAUCAGAAAGAUGCAGAAUUUAUGAACUAAGAAAUAGAGAACGUAUAUCAGUUGCAGCAGCAUCAAAAUUACUAUCCAACAUUUUGUACAACUAUAAAGGAAUGGGAUUGUAUAUGGUGCACAUUUCUAACUUGCCUCAAUGAAGAAUGAAGAUUCAGGAGUUGCAAAUGCUUGGGGGGAGUUAGUGUGCAUGGAGGUGUGUCACCCUCCUAUUGGUGGAGGGGUUUUGCUGCAUGGUGACAUCAUCAUGCAGUGGCACAAAUUCAUGUGAAAUUAGGUGGGAGUUUUCACAAGGCUGGUGGCAUGUAAAUAUCUUUGGCAGAACAUGUGGAAGAGCUGAGUAAGACAGAUAAACUGUAUGCAGAUGUGAUUAUCUAUUGGAAAUACAUUUUCAGGGACCAGGUUUAUAUUAUGUUGACAGUGAAGGCAAUCGAUUUCCUGGUGAUCGUUUUUCUGUUGGUUCUGGCUCCACCUAUGCAUAUGGUGUAAUAGACAGAGAUUUUGACUAUAGUAUGACUGAUGAGGAAGCUUAUUAGCUGGGACACAGAGCCAUCUACCAUGACACUUUCAGAGAUGCUUACAGUGGUGGUAUUAUUCGAGUAUAUCAUGUGAAGGAGACUGGGUGGCAGAAAAUCAGUGAACAAGAUAGUGUGGAUCUUCAUUACAAGUAUCAAGAUGAAGUUUUUAGCUCUGAAAUGAAAUAAAUUAUUCUUUUUUCCUUUAUUUGUAACCAUAAUUAACAACUUUUGUUCAAUAAAAUUACCUAGUAUAUUAAA